CGGGUGCUCUGCCCGCCUCCGGGGGCCUCCCUGCGCCCCCGAGACGCAGCCGCCGCCCGCCGGCUGGGGUGCGGGUCUCAGAUCCCGGAGCGGGACGGGGCGGCUUGUGCCCACGCACCUGGGACUCCGGCGCAGCCCCCUGCCCAAGGCCGGUGGGCGGCAGGGACGUUGGGGCCCCGACCCGGCGCCUCAAGCCUCCUCCGAAGCCGGGCGCCCGGGGCCCCUCGAUGGCCGCGGACCGGUGCCGCCCUACGGAGCCGCCGCGCGGACGCGGGAGCGCCGCUUCCUAGCGGGGCCAGCGGCUCCUGGUCCGGGGCCCCGCCGGCGGGAUGGGGGGCGGCGGGUCGUCCCUGAGGGUCUGCGCGGAUCACCGCGGGGGCAUCAACUGGCUGAGCCUGAGCCCGGAUGGGCAGCGCCUGCUGACCGGCAGCGAGGACGGCACGGCCAGGCUCUGGAGCACAGCGGACGGCCGGUGCUGCGCGCUCCUGCAAGGACACGAGAGCUACGUCACCUUCUGUCAGCUGGAGGAGGAGGCUGCCUUCACCUGCAGCGCUGACUGCACCAUCAGAAGGUGGGACGUGCUGACCGGGCGGUGCCUGCAGGUGUACCGAGGACACACGUCCAUCGUGAACAGGAUCCUGGUUGCCAAUAACCAACUCUUCAGUGGCUCCUACGACCGGACGGCUCGCAUCUGGACUGUGGAUGGGGGGCAGGUGUCCCAGGAGCUCCGGGGUCACCGCAACUGCGUGCUGACGCUGGCCUACUCCACCCCGUGGGACGUCCCUGGCACUCCCUGCUUGGAGGAGACCAUGGCUGGGGGGCUCCUGGUGACCGGCAGCACAGACGGCACAGCCAAGGUGUGGCAGGUAGCCAGCGGCUGCUGCCACCAGACACUGCGGGGCCACACGGGUGCCGUGCUGUGCCUGGUGCUGGACGCGCCUGGACGCACGGCCUUCACUGGCAGCACUGACGCCACCAUCCGCGCCUGGGACAUCCUGACGGGGGAGCAGCUGCGCGUGUUCCGGGAACACCAGGGCUCCGUCAUCUGUCUGGAGCUCGUGGACCGACUCCUGUAUUCAGGCAGCGCGGACAGGACAGCCAGGUGCUGGCUGGCGGAUGUGGGGGAGCAGGUGCGCACCUUCCCAGCCCACAGACACAGCGUGAGCGCCCUCAAGUACCACGCGGGCACCCUAUUCACAGGCAGUGGCGAUACCUGUGCCCGGGCCUUUGACGCCCAGUCUGGAGCGCUGCAGAGGGUGUUCCGGGGCCACAGCUUCGUCAUCAACUGCCUGCAGACGCUCCCUGCGCCUCCCCCGCUCCGGGCUGCAGCGGCGCAGGCGCCGGGCCGAGCCGAGCGCCGAGCGGGGAGCGGGCGACCGCGCUCCGGGCCGGGGUCCCCGGGGAGCAGAUCCUCCUCAGAAUGGCCCUUGGUGCUGCAGGCGAGGCGGGCUCUGGGCCCGGGCACCGAGGGGGCACUGGAUGACUCACCCAGUUGCAGGACCCUGCCAUCUAUGACUCCAGGCCUUCAGCACCCACCCACCGUGGUACAGCGCCCCGGGAUGCCGUCUGGAGCCCGGAUGCCCCACCAGGGGGCGCCCAUGGGCCCCCCGGGCUCCCCGUACAUGGGCAGCCCCGCCGUGCGACCCGGCCUGGCCCCCGCGGGCAUGGAGCCCGCCCGCAAGCGAGCAGCGCCCCCGCCCGGGCAGAGCCAGGCACAGAGCCAGGGCCAGCCGGUGCCCACCGCCCCCGCGCGGAGCCGCAGUGCCAAGAGGAGGAAGAUGGCUGACAAAAUCCUCCCUCAAAGGAUUCGGGAGCUGGUUCCUGAGUCCCAGGCUUACAUGGACCUCCUAGCUUUUGAGAGGAAACUGGAUCAAACCAUCAUGCGGAAGCGGGUGGACAUCCAGGAAGCACUGAAGAGGCCCAUGAAGCAAAAGCGGAAGCUACGUCUUUAUAUCUCCAAUACUUUUAACCCUGCGAAGCCUGAUGCGGAAGAUUCUGAUGGCAGCAUUGCCUCCUGGGAGCUGCGGGUGGAGGGGAAGCUCCUGGAUGAUGUACGUCCUGGCCCAGGUCUCUCCAGGUGUCCUGGGCCCAGCAAGCAGAAGCGGAAGUUCUCUUCCUUCUUCAAGAGUUUGGUCAUUGAGCUGGACAAAGACCUCUAUGGCCCUGAUAACCACCUUGUUGAGUGGCACCGGACACCCACAACCCAGGAGACAGAUGGGUUCCAGGUGAAGAGGCCGGGGGACCUAAGUGUGCGCUGCACCCUGCUCCUCAUGCUGGACUACCAGCCUCCCCAGUUCAAACUGGACCCCCGCCUGGCCCGGCUGCUAGGAUUGCACACACAGAGUCGCUCAGCCAUUGUCCAGGCCCUGUGGCAGUACGUGAAGACCAAUAGGCUGCAGGACUCCCACGACAAAGAAUACAUCAAUGGGGACAAGUAUUUCCAACAGAUUUUUGAUUGUCCCCGGCUGAAGUUCUCUGAGAUUCCCCAGCGCCUCACAGCCCUGCUGUUACCCCCUGAUCCCAUUGUCAUCAACCACGUAAUCAGUGUGGACCCGUCAGACCAGAAGAAAACGGCAUGCUAUGACAUUGACGUGGAAGUGGAGGAGCCACUGAAGGGACAGAUGAGCAGCUUCCUCCUGUCCACAGCCAACCAGCAGGAGAUCAGUGCUCUGGACAGUAAGAUCCAUGAGACGAUUGAGUCCAUAAACCAGCUCAAGAUCCAGAGGGACUUCAUGCUAAGCUUCUCCAGAGACCCCAAAGGCUAUGUCCAAGACUUGCUCCGCUCCCAGAGCCGGGACCUCAAGGUGAUGACAGAUGUGGCUGGCAACCCCGAAGAGGAGCGUCGUGCCGAGUUCUACCACCAGCCCUGGUCCCAGGAAGCCGUCAGCCGAUACUUCUACUGCAAGAUCCAGCAGCGCAGGCAGGAGCUGGAGCAGUCGCUGGUUGUGCGAAACACCUAGGAGCUGCGGAUGAGCACCACUCUGGACCAGCACCUGGCCCUGGGCUCUGCCUCACUCCGCUGCUGCCUUGGGGGGCAGGGAGGACUGGAUUAAAGGUCAUUCACCUGACAGCACUGUGUGGUCACUGGGCACU